UUGAUACAGUCAGUAGAGACGUUUUCGGCUGUGUUUUUGUGCAGCUCUACAAAAUCACAUAGGCUGUGGGACAGACAUGGCAACCGCCGUACUUCUGUUCCUGGCGGUAGUCCUGCUAGGUUCUACAGCACUGAUGAGAUCUCCAUUAGAAGAGCGAUUUCUACAGUCUUUGGACGAACAAGAUGUGUUGUUUUAUUUCGGCACCACAUCAAUAGAAUCAGUACCGAAGUUUCAGGUGACAUGGCUCAGCUGCACCCCUGCGGAGCUGUCCGACAGGCCAAAGCAGUGUGCCAUCCAGGCCCUGGGGAGGCUCUACGUGUUGGGGAAGAAGCAGGGGAGCCCACCCCCCUCCUGCACCUCCCUGGUGGAGAGGCAUCUGAACUCCUCUCUGAGUGUGGUGAGGAGGACCCCGGGAAUCUGCUGCGAACAGUUCAAUGUUCUUCAGCCGAGCCAUGUCAGGGGCCUGCUCUCUCUCUGUGGAGGGACACUGCAAGGCAUGGUGCUGGAGGGACACAGAAGACUCCACUUUCAGCCAGUGCUCCGCAGGCAUGAGCACCUUACCUCUAUGUCUUCUGCCACCGCUGGCGGUCUGGCAACACCGCACCUCGUGUUCAACCAACACCUCCCCGUGGACGCCCAACGGCACCCUCCUCACCCUGGCCCCAGGCGCGUGCUGAGGGCAGCCAUGCUAUCCGAGGUCACUCACCUGGAGCUGCUGGUGGUCGUCGGCCCAGACGUACAGAUGAUACACAAGCAGGACACGGAGCGAUACAUCCUGACCAACCUCAACAUUGCGUCUGAGCUGCUGAGGGACAUGACGUUGGGGGCCAACUUGAGGGUGCACCUGGUCCGCAUGAUCAUCCUCACUGAGACGGAGCCAGAAAUUGAGAUGUCUGCAAACAUCACCUCCUCCCUGAUGAGUGUGUGCUCGUGGGGUCACAGGAUCAACCCCCUUAAUGAUACAGACCCCCUGCAUGCGGAUCUGAUGCUCUAUAUUACACGGUUUGACCUAGUGCUACCUGAUGGCAACAAGCAGGUGAGGGGUGUAGCCCAACUUGGUGGGGCCUGCUCCAGCCAAUGGAGUUGCGUGAUCACAGAAGACACAGGCUUCGAUCUUGGCAUUACCAUUGCACAUGAGAUUGGCCACAGCUUUGGCAUCAAUCAUGACGGCACUGGGAAUACCUGUAGCAGCAGCGGAUUCAUGAUGGCGUCUGAUGGUGGCUACAACAGUGUGGACCUGACCUGGUCACAGUGCAGCCGCGACCAGCUCCAGCACUUCUUCAGGUCAGGCAGAGCAGACUGUGUGCAGGACCUGCCCGUGACUGGAGGGUCCUUGCAGGGCUGGAAGCCGGGGCUGUACUACGGGGUGGACGACCAGUGCCGGAUUGCUUUUGGCAGCAACGCCCGAGCCUGCUCUUUCACACACACGGACAUGGACGAAUGCCGCGUGCUGUCCUGUCACAUCACCGCGGGCGAUCAGAGCUCCUGCACACGGCUGUUAAUCCCCCUGCUGGACGGAACGGAAUGUGCUCCGAGCAAGUGGUGCCUGAAGGGGCGCUGUGUGUCACCUUCCCAGCUAAGCUCCCCCAUGGUCGUCCACGGCGCAUGGUCCAGCUGGUCCGAGUUCUCCCACUGCUCACGGACCUGCGGUGGGGGGAUCAGCUCCCGCUGGAGGCAGUGUAACAACCCACGGCCUGCAUUUGGAGGAAAGCAAUGUGAAGGGAGAGACACUGAAGCUGAACUUUGUAACAGGCAGCCCUGCACUAGGACCCAGCUGAGAUUCAUGGAGGAACAGUGUUCCCUGACGGACUCCCAGCCCCUCUCCCUAUCCUCCGGCACUGCCUCCCUGUACACCUGGAUCCCUGCUGUGGGCCUCCUCACAGGAGACGCCCAGUGCAAGCUCAUGUGCCGCCCUGAUGGGGAGCAGUUCAUGGUCAGCCGGGGGUCGGAGUUCACCGCCGGGACCCGCUGUGAGCCUGACAGUCCGGUGACACCAGGCACGGUCACCGCGUGUCUGGGGGGGAAGUGCCAGCUGUUUGGCUGUGAUGGCCACUUGCUCUCGGGGAAGGAGGAGGAUGUGUGUGGGGUGUGCGGUGGAGAUGGCUCCACCUGUACCCUGGUCUCCGACUUAUACACGGAGGGCAAAGCCCGAGAGUAUGUGACGUUCCUGACACUUCCACUAAACACGACUCGUGUUCACAUUGUCAACACAAAGCCAGUGUUCACACACCUGGCGGUGUUGGUCCAGGGCAGGUAUGUGGUGGCUGGUGGUGGCAGUGUGGCUUUAAACACCACCCAGCCCUCUCCUCUGGAGGACAGCCAGCUGACCUAUCGCCUGUACCUGACACCUGAUGGCCUGCCCCAGAGGGAGGAGCUACUGCUGGCUGGGCCUGUGUUAGAGGAGACACACAUACAGGUCUACCGGAAGUAUGGAAAAGGAUACGGAGAACUCACUAACCCGAACAUUUCAUAUUCGUUCUACGUGCCUGGGGGUGUUGCUAAAGAGACUGCACCCACGGGUGAAUGGGCAGCAGUAGUGUCGCCCUGCUCCGUCACUUGUGACUCAGGAAUCCAGGAAACCACUGCCAUCUGCAUGGAAAGAGACACUCAGGAGCAUUUGGAGGAGGCAUUCUGCAAAGCAGCCAAUCGACCCUCUGUUCUGCCUGCGCCCUGUCACCUUCCCGCCUGCCCGCCCUACUGGGUGGCUGGAGAGUUUGGGCCUUGCAGCACCUCCUGUGGAGGGGGGGAGAGGGAGCGACCCGUGCAGUGUGUGCAGAAACAGGAGGAAGGAACCGUGGAGGUGUCAGCCCUGCAAUGCCCACAGGCCUCUGCUCCAAACUCAACAGAACCCUGCAGCCCCCAGCCCUGUCCUGCCAGCUGGCAGGUGUCGGAGCCUGGCAAGUGCUCAGCGGUGUGUGGUCAGGGUGAGGCCCGUCAAGUCGUGUCCUGUGUCCGGAUGGAAAAGGGUGUGGAAGUCCAAGUGGACAGCAGUCUGUGCCCGGAGGCUACCAGGCCGGCCGAUUCCCUACCCUGCGUGGUGGACGUCUGUCCCAUCGGCUGGAAGACAAACGGCAAGACCCAUUUUCAACAGAAGAUUGGAGGCAGCAUGAUGUCACAAUCACGUGUGGAACCUGUGUACGUAUGGAGCCCCGUGAUUGGCCAGUGCUCAAAGAGCUGUGGGAAUGGGCUGCUGCAGGUGUGGUACUCCUGCGUGGAUCACCAAUCCCAGCUGGCAGUGCUGGAGUACCACUGCAAUGGGUCAAGCAAGCCACAACCUCACUCCAAUCCCUGCAACCCUACCCCCUGCCCCCCGAUGUGGCGCUACAAGCAGGGGGUGUGCAGUGUGACGUGUGGAGGUGGGGUGGCGCUCAGGGUACUGUACUGCUCACGGGACAUCGAGGGUGAGGAACAGGUUGUGAGUGACACAGUGUGCAGUACUGCAGCCAGGCCUACAGAGCUGGUGACGUGUAACACCAAUACCUGUCCCCCCAGGUGGAGAGUGCUGGGCACGGGGCCCUGCUCAGUGUCCUGUGGGGAGGGCAUCGCUCGGCGGAAUGUGUCCUGUGUCCAGUUCCAGGGGGGCAGGGAGGGCAGGGUGUCAGAAGGUCUUUGCCCCCCAGCGCAGAGGCCGGCAGCCACUGUGCCCUGCCGUGUGCAGGCCUGCACCUUCAGCUGGGAGGUGGAGGGCUGGAGCCAGUGCUCCGUAACCUGUGGCUACGGGAUCCAGUCCAGAGCGGUGUCCUGUGUGGGGCCGUCCCAGCCCCGCCCCCUCAGCCCCCUGCUCUGUGUCCACAUGCCCAAGCCAUUCACCAUCCAGGGCUGUCGCCAGGGUGACUGUGAGAGCCCCGCCCAUACCACCGCCGAACCGCACCUACUCCAGCUCAGCACCACUGCAGCUCCUGAGACGGCAGAAAUACCCCGGUACCGAGCCGCUGUGCUGCCGUGGCAGCCCCCGGAACCAAGCCCAGCUCCCCCCGCUGAAACCACACAGCACGAGCCGGCUGAAACCAGUGAGUGUGGACAGAUCCUUCUGCAGAGCUCGGGCACGGUGGACCUGAGGAAGGCCUCCGGCAGGUUCUGCACGCUCUCCAUUGGCCGCCCACUGGACGAGGUCAUCGUCGUCAAGGUGGAGUCCAGCUCCCUCAACUGCAAGGACAAGGACUACUUGCUGCUCUUCAAUAGGAGGAUGAUGAUGAGGAAGUGCCAAAGUUUGACUAACUACACCCUGACCACCCGCACCAACUUCCUGCAUGUGCGUCAGGGCCGCAUCUCCCAUGGCAACGGAAUACUCUUCUCUUACCACAGUCAGAAAAACACCAUUAAAAGUCGCCAUGGAGGCUGUGACGUGCAGCUGUUUGGGCCCAGUGGGCAGAUCGUGAACCCAACCCAGCAGGCCAGCUCGACCAAUCAGACGUGUCGCACCUUCAUCAACGUUGCGCCGAGAUCCAAAAUACAGAUCAGGGCCCUCCGCGUGCGGCCCGAAUCCGACGACGACGCGGCCACUCCCACUUUCAUACUGAUCCGAGAUGUGGACAUCAUGCAGACCACGUGGUUCGACGGCGACAGACUCUUCCAGUGGAGAUCCAUGGGAAGCAGCGUGGAGCUGGAGUUCCACGGGGAUUACCUACGCCACGAGGGGAGCUUUCUGGCAGCGUAUUCCACCAUACAGCCCUGACGGAGAGCUGUUCCCCCCACUCCUCCCGAAACAUUUGAAAGAAAACAGCCUGAACUCAGAGACUGACAUAUCUUUCAGUUUUUCACUGCAGUCUUUUCCUUUUUUUAUUUUUUAAAAUAGAAAUGAAAAUAACAAAACAGCAAAUAUAAAUGUUUUAACUCGGUUUCCUGUUCGAGCAUUUCUUUAUACAUUUGCUCCAGGACGGGUCUGUUGGAGUAUUUACAAUCCACUCCCACAUUUGCACAAUUCUAGUUUUAUUGAACAUCACAGCUUCAAGGCCACAGAGUUUUUGCACAAACUGCGAUGACAAGGCACAGAAUGAAGAACCCUUUUCAUAGGUUUUGUUACAGUACUUUCAGAACUGGAAAUACAUGUCAUUACCACACAUAACAUUUGGUUUUAGAUAAAUGAACAAACCAAUCAACAAAAUGUACAGAUAACACAAUUUCAACAGUGAUAAUACAUGAUAACUGUGUGGCACACACUCUCAGAAGCAGAACUCUUGCCAGAUUACAAAAGAGUAGGUUUUCUCUUUACAGUGUAUAUUCCUUCCAAUUGGUCAAAUGUAGCGACAGUAAGUGAUGUAAACUGGCCACAGACAAAUGCAAAGAAAA